AUGGCGAAUGUUGGUCUUCUUUACUUCCUUUUCCUGGUUGGAGUGGAAAUGGACCUCGGGGUAAUUCGUCGCACUGGAAAAAAGGCCUUCGCCGUUGCUAUUUCCGGGAUGAUAUUGCCUUUCCUUAUUGGUGCUUCAUUCUCCAUCUUGUUGCACCAGAAAUCACAAUUCAUGAAACAAGGCACUUUCAUUCUCUUCCUUGGAGUUGCUCUCUCCGUUACAGCAUUCCCCGUGCUUGCCCGAAUACUUGCAGAGCUCAAACUUCUCGACACCGAGAUUGGUCGGAUCGCCUUGUCGUCGGCUCUCGUCAACGACAUGUGUGCAUGGAUUCUCUUAGCUUUUGCCAUCGCCUUGGCUGAGAAUGGAAGUAUGUCCUUGGCGUCUCUCUGGGUGAUCCUAUCGAGCACGGCAUUCGUGGUGUUCUGCAUAUUCGUGGUCCGGCCACUGAUCGUUUGGAUGAUGCGGAAAACUCCAGAAGGCGAAUCCAUCAGUGAAUUCUACAUAUGCCUGAUUCUCACUGGGGUUAUGAUCUCUGGUUUUAUCACAGAUGCCAUUGGAACACAUUCUGUUUUCGGAGCUUUUGUCUUUGGCCUGGUGAUUCCAAACGGACCUCUUGGUGUUACCCUUAUAGAAAGACUUGAGGACUUCGUUUCAGGGCUUCUGCUUCCUCUCUUCUUCGCCAUUAGUGGCCUCAAGACUGAAAUUAGCUUAAUUACAGGGUGGGCAACGUGGGGAAUUCUACUGCUUGUAAUCAUUCUUGCCUGCCUUGGCAAAGUUGUUGGAACCCUACUUGUUGCUCUCUACUACAAAAUGCCAUUUCAGGAGGGUCUGACGCUUGGUUUGCUCAUGAAUACCAAAGGCCUUGUUGAGAUGAUCGUGCUUAACGUCGGCAAAGACCAAAAGGUGUUAGACGAUAAGUCAUUUGCGAUCAUGGUCCUUGUAGCUGUGGUUAUGACCGGAAUCAUCACGCCCAUUGUCACAACAAUUUACAAGCCCGCCAGGAAGUUUGUACCAUACAAACGAAGAACUAUUCAAAGGACUAAACCAGAUAGUGAGUUCCGUGUACUUGUAUGCAUCCACACCCCCAGAAAUGUUCCAACAAUCAUCAACCUCCUCGAAGCCUCCCACCCCACGAAGAAUUCCCCGAUUUGCGUUUAUAUGCUCCACCUCGUAGAACUCACUGGUCGUGCAUCGGCAAUGCUCGUUGUUCAUAACACUCGAAAGUCUGGCCGGCCAGCCCUAAACAGGACUCAAGCUCAAUCUGAAAGUAUCAUCAAGGCGUUUGAUAACUUUGAACAGCAUGUUGGCUGUGUUUCCGUCCAACCCCUCACUGCGAUCUCUCCUUACUCCACCAUGCAUGAAGACAUAUGCAAUGUGGCGGAGGACAAGCGUGUGGCCUUCAUUAUCAUCCCAUUUCACAAACAGCAAACAGUUGAUGGAGGGAUGGAAGCCACGAACCCAGCAUUUCGAUCAAUCAACCAGAAUGUAUUAGCAAACGCACCUUGCUCUGUUGGCAUUCUUGUUGAUAGAGGCCUAAAUAGGUCAACACGCUUGACUGCGAACCAGGUCUCUCACCACAUUGCCGUGCUAUUCUUUGGUGGACCGGAUGACAGAGAGGCAUUAGCCUAUGCCUGGAGGAUGUCUGAGCAUCCUGGUAUUAACCUCACUGUAAUGCGGUUCCUUCCCGGGGAUGAUGCAGCUGAAUCAACUGUGGAGGCUAGCUGCGAACGAAAUGACCCUAGGGUGUUAACAGUGGUAACAGAUAGUGACAGAGAGAAGCAGCUAGACGAGGAUUACAUAAAUGAGUUCAGGGCAAGAACUUCAAGCAAUGAUUCGAUAGUUUACACAGAGAAGGCGGUAAACCAUGGGGAAGAGACUGUGGCAGCAAUAAGAUCAAUCGAAAAUAUCCAUGACUUGUUCAUAGUUGGUAGAGGACAAGGUAUGAUAUCUCCACUCACGGCAGGGCUCACGGACUGGAGUGAGUGCCCAGAGCUUGGUGCAAUUGGAGAUUUGUUGGCAUCAUCAGAUUUUUCAGCGGCAGUUUUCAGUGCUAGUGGUGCAACAGUAUUUCGGGAUGGGGCAGGGUGA